AUGCUUCAGAUCGUCACGGAACUCGAUGGCUUCGACCCGCGCGGCAACAUCAAGGUGCUCAUGGCGACGAACCGACCCGACACAUUGGACCCGGCGCUCAUGCGUCCGGGCCGCUUGGACCGGAAGGUCGAGUUUAACGUGCCGGAGCUGGAAGGCCGCACGCAGAUCCUGCAGAUCCACGCCAAGAGCAUGAGCUGCGACCGCAACAUUCGCUUUGAGCUCAUUGCGCGCCUCUGCCCCAACACGACGGGUGCCGAGCUCCGCAGUGUGUGCACAGAGGCCGGUAUGUAUGCGAUCCGCGCCCGCCGCAAGUCGGUGAGCGAGAAGGACUUUCUCGAGUCGGUCAACAAGGUCAUCAAGGGCUACCAAAAGUUCUCGUCGACGCCCAAGUACAUGGUCUACAACUAG